GCGGUGCGGGCCCUUCUGGCACAACAGAUGACACCACGCAGUACGCCAAAGUCAUAAAAGACGCCGGGUGCCAGGUCGCGGUGUCAAAGCUGCGGGCCUCGUGCAGGCGCUUUCCACGUACAAUCGCUCUCUUCCGCCGAAAGCAGUCCGGCCUAGAGGUGAAAGUCGACAUUCCAAUCAAAACGUUCACGGCGGCACUGGAGGCAGCACAAGACGGUGACAUCAUUGAGCUGACGGGCGAGGUGGACCUGGCGUGGUUUAGCAUAAACAAGCGCGUCACGAUUCGCGGCAAGCCCGACUUCCCAGCACUCAUGUGCGAUAAGUGGGAGGCCUUCUCGUCAAAGGGGCCGGGAGAACUGAUGCCCUUCAUCGAGAUUCAGCCCUCCGCCUCGGGGCUCACUCUGGGCCCUGACCUCAUCAUCCACUCCUCGACCGACCGCCACCACGCCAACCAAACCGUGGCGGUCUUUGUAAGAGAUGGCACUAAAAACGUCGUGUUUGACCGCGUCACCAUCAACGGCGACGCUGCGCGCAAGAAGAAGAAGGCACUUGACAACACCGGCCGACAGGGGGGCUGUGGCGUGAUCUUUGGUGACGGCGCGAGCGGCGAGAUGCGGCAGUGCCGGGUGUUCCAUCACGAGCUGUCGGGAGUCCAGGCCCGCCUGGGGGCUCGCGUGUCCAUCCGUGACUGCGAGAUAUCGUCGAACGGGGAUAGGGGAGUUUGGGCAUACGGCGCUUCUGAGAUGUCCGUGGACGGGUGCACGAUCCGCGAGAACGGGCAGCAAGGCGUGGCCGUCAAUGCGCUUCCGGCGACGAUCACUCGGUGCCAUAUCUCGGACAAUUACCUGGAGGGAAUCCUGCUCGAGUGGCCGGACCAAGUAUCGGGGCCAGAUCAAUCGGCAGCCAGGAGGCGUAUCUGCGAGAAGGGACACGUGAUCAAAGACAACCACAUUGUACAAAACGACUUCGGCAUAGUGGUAGAAGACGGCGUGGCUGCGACUCUGGACGGGAACGUGGUUGAGCGGAACAAGGAGACUGGGGUCUACUUCGAUGAGGCACAGGGUCACCCAGUUGCUCCUCUGAGGCUGUUUGGCGAAGCUGCAAAGGGGAGGUCCCAUUCCAGUCCCUUCAGAAAAGACAUGGUGGGAAUGGACCACAGAAAUGAAAGGGAUGUUAAUCCAGGGGGUGACUUCCAGGAUCUAGAUAGAGAGUUCACUGUCGCACGGAGGGCCGGCCUAGCUGUUGUAACCAGUGCUUUCCGUGAAGGAUUUGACAUCAGUGAUGCUAUGGACAUUGCUACGGAGCGGAAAAAAUCCCUAGGUCUUCAUGGUGAGUUUGCUGUCAGAAAAUGUUGGGUGCCAACUCUGAAGUGGCAGUACCAAUCAAAGCGCUUCUGCCCUCUCACAAAGGGGAUGCUGCAGUGCACGUAA